AGGUAUCUUCUGUCGACGUUCAGCGCAGGAGGAAUCUCAAUGGAUGGAGGACUGUACGUAUGCCUACUUGUGCCAUACGAUCGGGAUUUCGCGUCUGCAAGAGAAAAGUCGCCGGACAUCGCCAUCCAUCCAUCCUGCAUGCGCCCAGUGGGAGUCAUAAUUAUUAUUAUUAUUUUUUCGUCCUUUUUGGUUUUGUUUAACCUGUGGCAGCGCAUCCAUCCUCCAACUGCAUUUUCUUUUUAUUUCUUUCUUUUCGUUUAUUUUUUUUUUUCGCUUUACUUUUAUUUACUCGGUUUUAAACAUGAUGAUAAUUAUUUUUUUUAGACCCGAAUGAAAUUUUGUUUCCACGAUAAUAAUAUUCUAUUUUUCCCUAUUCCCUGUCUGUAUAAGUUAUCGAACCAACUCCAAUCGACCUCCGAUUUUCUUGAAUUCAAACCAAAUACGACUUUUUUUUUUUUUUUUUCUUUUUCCCCUUCGUUCUUUCCUGUACUGCCAUCCCUCUUGCCCUUUCGGGCCAACCCUCGUCCCGCCCCUCUCCUCCUCCUCCUCUUUCUUCCUACAACUUCCUUUUCUCUCCCUCCCUCUGUUCUUCUCUCUCAUACUCCUUCUCCUCUUCUUUCCGCCUCCUCCCCUCCUCUCUCCUCCCUCCUCCCUCCUCCCUCUUCACGGCUCAUUCGACAUUCCUUCAUUAACAUUCCCUUCGGCCGUCGUCUAGACUCCUUCGCGCGAGCUCGCCCACUCUAUAAUUCGGACCUGAACACUCCACUAUCCUUCCUACUCCACUCGGCACUUGAACUGUGGUAUUCCCGGCUUUUUAUCUGCCCCUCAAUCCGAAAGAGACUUUUUUUUUUCUUUUUCUUUUCUUCUUCCGGCUCGUGACCCGUCUCUAUCGGAACCACCAAUCUAUAUCGACAACCGAAUUCCUACUUGGUGUGGGCGAGUGUCGUCUUUAUGAUCUUUGCGCUUUCUUAUUCUUUUU